AUGUUGCACACGCCGAAAAACACGAGAUCUGGAGCGCAAACAGCGGCGCAGUUAAACGGGGAGAAUCAAACAAUUGAACCGAUCAGUGAACAAAAGAAAAAUCAGAAGAAGAAAGAAGUGAUGAGAAAAAUGAACGAAGACCUUAAAGUGAUAAAGAUCCAAAUGGAUGCAGUGAGACGAAAAUUGCAGAGAGUGCAGGUAGCACUGGCGAUGGAUGCAGAUGUGCCGAAUCUUAAUUUGGCGAAUAAGCAUUAUCUGCAGCUCCAACUGAAGACCAUAGAAGAUGCGUUCGCUGAGUAUGAGAUCAAUCAGAAACGUAUCUAUGGUCUGGACGUCGGCGACGAUGUUCACAACGAAGCCGAGGUGAGGUACAUCGAGUUCGAGCAGCAGUACGGUGAGUUAUAUGUAAUUAUUACUAAACUGUUAGAUGAUGUUUCCCAACGGGAGAUGGUACCAAUGUUGCCACGGACGCAGAUACCACCGGGUUCGACAACUUCAGCUUCUGCGAUGCACCUGCCUCCUCUAAAGGUACCAUUACCUACAUUUGAUGGCACAUACGAAAAUUGGUACGCUUUCAAAUCAAUGUUUGAAACCAUCAUGAAUCGUUAUCAGUCAGAGUCCCCUGCGAUAAAGUUGUACCACCUCCGAAAUUCGUUGGUUGGUAAAGCAGCCGGCAUAAUAGAUCAGGAGAUAAUCAACAAUAACGAUUAUGUUGCAGCGUGGACUACUUUGAUCGAUCGAUUUGAGGAUAAACGGCUUAUCAUUGAUAAGCAUAUCGAUGCUCUCCUUGAUCUCCCAAGAAUGUGUGGUGAGAACGCUACCGAUCUGCGUAAGCUGAUAGACGUCUGUACUAAAAAUGUUGAUGCUCUCAAGAACCUGGAUCUUCCUGUUGAUGGAUUGGGGGAAAGCAUGCUGAUAAACCGUAUCGCAAAGAAACUAGACGAUGAAACUCGUAAAGCGUGGGAACUCGAUCAAGCUGGGAAGGACAUGCCCGACUAUGACUCUACAAUGGACUUCUUAAGAGAGCGAUGCCGUGUAUUGGAGAAAAUACGCCCCGGAGACAAACGAAUAGUUAAAUCAUCAAAACCAGCGAAGCAGAUCUUUGAAGUCAAACCCAAAGGAAGCAGUUUGGUGGCAACUUCCGAUAAAUGUCCCCAAUGUUCUAACAACCACGAGUUAUGGAAAUGCGAAACCUUCAAGAAAACUACUCUCGCAGAUCGCUAUUCGACAUUACGACGAAUCGGAGCAUGUUUCAACUGUCUUCAAAAGGGACAUCGUACUGUGGAGUGCUCAUCGGAGCAUUCCUGUAAGAAAUGUAGCAAACGACAUCACACAUUCCUACAUCCAAACGAGAAUUCGAUGAAGAAGUACGAGCCACCUGUGUCAAAAAGUGUUUCUUCAACCAGUGAACAGCUGAAGAAAUUAGAGGAAAGACACGAAUCGUUGACCAGUUCUGAUGUUUUGAAGGCUGACGGAGCCAGAGAAGAGCAUCGUUCCAAUUUCUGUACUCGUCCGCAGUCGGGUAGGCAAAUUUUGCUUUCGACGGCGGUGGUCCUGGUGUACGGUAGACAUCGAUCCGUGUCUGUGUAG